UCUGGCCGGUGUCCAAUGGGGACCUCCUGACUCCCCUGAAAAGAGGCAAGCAGUGGGGUGCAGAUGUGGGAGCGGAAGGUUCCAACCAGAGACCCCUCUUGGCUCAGGACCCGUCCAUUUCUCUGGAGUUUUCCCCCCAUUUCACCUGCUUUCUCCUUUUCUGAUAUUCCAAGAUGUUGCUAGUUCUCUCCCUCUGGCAAGCUCUCUCCCAAGCCCUGGCUGCAAGUGGGGGUUCCCACUGGACAUACGAAGGCUCCGAGGGGCAGACGCACUGGGCAGAGAGAUUCCCAGACUGUGGUUGGCAGGCUCAGUCGCCCCUCGACUUCCAGACAGAUUUGGUCCAGUAUGAUCCUUCUCUGCCCCCCAUUGAGCCAGAGGGAUACCGAGACCCUGGCAGCGGCUCCUUGACCCUGACCAACAACGGGCACACGGUGCAGCUCUCCCUCCCCGAGAACCUGCACCUCCACGGCCUGCCCAGCCUCUACUCAGCAGCGCAGCUGCACUUACACUGGGGGGGCAGCAGCAACAGCCGGGCCGGGGGCUCCGAGCACCUUGUGGACGGCCAAGCCUUCCCAGCAGAGCUUCAUGUGGUCCACUUCAACUCAGAGAAGUAUGCCAACCUGAGCGUGGCCAAACACCAACCGGAUGGGCUGGCGGUGCUAGGCAUUUUCCUGGAGGUUGACAGUGUGGUGGAGAAUCCUGCCUACAACCACAUCUUGGACCGCCUGGACAGCAUCCUUUACGCAGCUGGAGAAGCUGCAGAAAUCUCUUUAUUCUACAAAACGCGGGAAGACACCUUCCAAAUUGCUGGUCAGCAACUUCCGGGUGCCCCAGUCCUUGAACCAACGCCUGGUCUUGGCCUCCUUCCCUGUUGGCCCAUCGGAUUAUUCUGCAGGUGAGGUCAUUGCCAUAAUCGUUGCAGUUCUCUUGGGCUGCCUGGGUGUCUUCCUGGCUGGCUGGAUUUUGGCAAAGAGAACCCGGUGAGGAGCAG